GUCAAGUAUGACAGCCUUGUACGUAUAAGCGCCUUUAUCUUUAUGCUUCUUUGAUUAAGGUGGCCUUAAACAAAUCGUCCAUUAAUCGGUUGAAAAGAAAUUUAUAAUCCAACAAUUCUUUAUUUCAAAAUUUAAAAAUAUUUCUGUGCACAUUGCCAUUGUUCUAAAUAUUGUAGUAGUAGCAUGCAAACAAUAACAAGCCGACCAUAGUACUGUAUUACAGUAUAAAAUAUGCAAAGAACAACUCAAAUAACCUCAAUACUUGUUUACUUCCACUACGAAGAACAGAUUUGCAGACGAGCGAUUAUUUCUAUCGCUCUUUCGCUGUUGAACAUCUUCCCAUUCAUUUGCCGCAUCAAUCCCAGAAAGUACAAACACUAAAAUUAAAUGAAUCUUGCAAGCAUCCAAUGCUGUACUAGAAAUCAUUGCGCUAUUUGCGCAUUUUGCGCAUACAGUAAAAAUUUUCAACCCCCAAAGUACAGAACAAAUAUUGCACCAAAAUUAACAAUUCACCUAUCAAAAUAAUCACAAGAACCCAUGCUUUUUGAAUCUGCGCGAACUUUUUAACAUUGCGCACGGCAAAAUGGUGUUCAAGCGCUUCAAAGGCAGCCUGCGGGCGUCUCGAUGGUAGUUUUCUAAUAGACGGCGACAAAAGCAUGCAACUUCAAUGCCAAAAGUACAGGGUCUUUUUCAACGCUUUCCAAAAUCCACUGUAUGCAGGGGAAAGUACAAUAUCUGAGCUUUAUAUAUCUGUCCGUACUUCUUAAGAAAGUUACAUAUAAAGCGAGAAAGAAGGAAUAUUAGAGAAAAAAUGCAUGUUUUUAUCGCGCGAUUGUAUUAUGAAAAUCCAGCAUGACGUGACACCUGAUAGUUGCUGACCUUUUGUCAGUACAUGUUUUGCCAUCUGAAUUAUGCACAAUACAUAUCACAAAAAAGUGAAAAACAAAUAAACAAAAUAAAACCAACCGCCUAGCGCCGUUCUAAGAAAGACCCUGGGACCGAGGUUGAAACAAAUCUCACAUGAGAGGUUAUUUGGCCAACCGAGGCCGGUGUGAACGCCUGAGCUGGCGUCUUGUUUUCUGUAAAUUGUUCUGUUUUUUCUGUAGCGGUUACCAAAUUUUGAGCAACUAUGGUGACAAAAUUUAGCUUUCAUUUGUAUAUCCCCGACGAGUUAACGCUCUACAGAGCGUCUUGGUCAUAUAAUUCGCAAUCAGGGCCCGUAACCUAGCCUUCCUAGGAAACAGAACGGGCGGGAAAAUUGCCGGUUAUCGUAGAACUAAAAACGUUAACUAAAAAAUCCGCAACGUGUUUUUCCAAAAUUAUCUAAUACUAAGCAUACGUUGAGUAAUGCUUUUGAAAAACUGUAUCGUCAUUGUGCUGAAAUAUUUACCGUAAAAAGUGCUGGGGUCAUUCGGAAAAGAAAACUUUUGUUUUGUUGUAGGAUGCAUAGCAAACAUGGCUACAAACAGCUGCAACUCCAAAAUCGUAAGAAAUAUGAAGCUAGGCUAUCCCUGUCUCUAUAAAGCCUACAAACAAGAAAGUUCUUCAACUUCUGCAAGUUAAACCAAACACCGAGGGGGAACGUGAUGCCUUGAAGUUCUUGCAGCGUUACAUUAGAGGUUUACAGGUAACCUAGGGAAUUUUCUUCGCUUUACCACAGGAGCCGAUGUUUUGAUUGUGAAUAGUAUAUUUGUGUCUUUUAUUAAAGUUGAUGGGAUUUUUAAAACCCCUGUCGCACACACAUGCUGUCCAGUGUUAGAGUUACGUUGCACUUACUGCAGCGAAAUUUUCGACCCACAUUUUUUUAGCUUAAUUAAAAGUGCUUUCCUUCCUCACCUGUUUACCACAAACAAAAUUGAAAUUGGUCAAUUCAAACCGAUUUUAUAGCCUUCCAAAGUAGCCAUUUUUGGAACUUCCUGUGCGAACUUUUGAUCCGCCAUGUUGAUGCUGUGUGACGUCAUCGAUUGGGAACUGGACAUUGUUUAAAUUAUAUUUAUGUUGAACAGUUGUUUGAUUGGUACUAAAUAGCCAGGAUAUGGACAAUGUCAUAACUCAUCAAUGAACUGAGUAGAUACUGUAGUCAUCAUAUUAGGCACAAUUCCUGCUUUUAAUUGUUUGUAGUUGCAUCAUAGUCAUCAUUCAAGUCCUUAUUCAUUCAAUACUUAAUCUGUAAAUUUCAAUCUUCCAUUAAACCGUUUUUACUAAUUUUCUACAUUUCCAGAAACGUUAACUCAAAUUUAAACUCAGUUAUCUCAGUCAAUACUGUUUUAAAAUGCACAUGGUAUUUAUCAAAAUUUAAGUUAGACAUUACUGAAUACAAUGCCUCUUAAGUCUAAGAGCUUAGAGCUCUUUUAGUUUUUAAGUUAUGCUGAAUCAAACAGCUCGAGGAGUACUACUUUUGGGUCACCCAGAAGUAACUCUAGAUCGUAAUGUAUAUAUAUUUCAGGGUACGUUUUUUCACUUUUUAUUAAUUUCAGAGCCGCCCCUGCUUUUACCCUGUCUAACAUCAAACAAUUUUACUCUUCAAUGGGAGAGUGCAGACAAUGGCAAGAUCUAAGGCUUAUACCAAAUGUAUUCAUUGUUGUAAACUUGCCACAGCUUACAGUUAUAUUGCCACCAUUGAAAGGCUUUUAGAAAUUGGGACAGGACGGUUACUGCAUGUGUAAUAUAACGACAGCAAAACACUAGCUAUCACUGGGAAAUUUCCUCAGUGACUGUAUGGUUACAAGGAAAUUUGGCUUGCAAAGUGGAUUUUACCCAUGUAUAAAUGGAAUGUACUGCCUGCAUUGGUUAAUUAACACACUCAAGGCAAAUAUUAAAGUGUUAAACAGGUCUUUAUAUCCUGUUGCACUUGCACCAUAUAAACAGUCACGUGACAAACUAUUAGAUUCCUAUUAAAUUCCACUCCGGUCCUUUCUCUUAUGUCUAGGUAACUCACACCCAUAUAAACCAUGCCAUUGAUUAUUUGAUUUAAGAAAGCCUUUGCUAAUUUUCGCCACAUCUGAGACACUCAAGUUUGAAAACUUUGUCCUUGUCCAAGGGAUAAAUUGCGAAGUGUAUUCCGCAAUAGUGAAAGCUCAAUUACAAGAUUAUAAGGCAAGAGGCAUAUAUUGGCACAGUCACAGAUGUCAACAAUUGAAUUUACAUUUUAAUAUAUUGACAAUUUUCGCUCGUUCCUUUUCGUGUAUAAUUUCGACUAAAUCACUGCACUUUCCGCUUAUUUUCAUAUAGCAUGUCGUCUACAAUUUGAGUAGAAAUUUUCAUGUUGUCGUCAAUUCAUGUCAAGACAAGGUCGUUCCCAGGCUCUUCCCUCUCGCGAAUAGAGCUUUCUUGUAAUGACGUCAAACGCGGAAAAACACUUAAUGCGAUGCCCCAAGGGCAAGGGACAAUUUUUAGCCAAAAUUCGCAAUACAAAUGUGUUUUUAUGAAAUCUAUUGGCUCGCCAACGACUUGCAUUGUCCCGUGGGACAUCACAUAAAUUGGUUUUCCGCGUUUGACGUCAUUAUAAGAAAGGUCUAUUACUCGUUGUCUCUAUCCAAUCUCUAACAAUCCCAGUAAAUCGCUGUCUUGGCUCACGAUAACGUGAAAAACAAAAUUUUAUCAAAGCAUCAAUAUGGGUUUAGGAAAAAUAGAUCUACUGAACAUGCAUUAAUUGAACUUAUUGAUGGAAUUACUAAAGCGAUUGAUCAGGGAAAAUACACCAUAUGCAUAGGUAUUUUUCUUGACCUAUCAAAGGCGUUCGACACUAUUAAUCACAAGAUUUUGAUUAAAAAGUUGGAGCAUUAUGGUGUUAGGGGUAUUAGCAUGAAAUGGUUUGAAAACUAUCUGUCUGGUAGAAAACAGGUUGUCAAAUUUAAUCAAAUUAAUUCAGAACAAAUGGAAAUUACAAGUGGUGUCCCACAAGGGUCUACAUUGGGACCACUUCUGUUUCUACUAUAUAUUAACGAUAUUCAAAAUUGUAGCAACAUUAUUUCUGUUAUAUUAUUUGCAGAUGACACAAGCAUAUUCUACAGCCACAAUUGUCUUAAAACACUAAAUAAAAUUAUUCAACAAGAACUCGAUAGAGUUUCUAUUUGGUUAAAUGUCAAUAAACUUUCCAUUAAUACUACAAAAACAAAAUUCAUAUGCUUCAAAACAAAAAAGAAAAGACAUAACCAUAGAAUAGAAAUUUCAAUAAACGAUCAAAAUAUUGAACAAGUUAAUCAAACUACAUUCCUCGGUGUUAUUAUUGACGAAAACGUAACAUGGCAUAGUCAUUUGAAUCUGAUCUACAAAAAGAUUAUGAAAUCCACUGCGGUUAUAUCUAAGAUUCGACAUUUCACAAAUUUAAACACUAGAAAACUACUUUACUAUAGCUUAGUCUAUCCAUAUCUUACUUAUGGCAACUUGAUAUGGGGUAAUACAUAUAAAAAGAGAAUUCAAAAACUAAUAAAUAUCCAAAAAAAGAUAAUUAGAUUAAUUACAUUCAAAUCAUACACUGAACACACCGAGCCCCUCUUCAGAAACCUGGGGAUAUUGAACUUUGAAAAUAUAAAUGAUUACCUAAUUUGUCUGUUUAUGUUUCGAUAUUAUUACCUCGAAAAUUUACCAGAAGUAUUUAGUAAUUAUUUCACCAGCAAUUAUGAAAUUCACCAUUAUAACACAAGAACUUCAUCACAACUUCAUAAGUCUUAUAAAAGAACAAACUAUGCAAAACAAACCCUUUCUGAUAAAGGAGUUAAUAUUUGGAACAAACUAGAUUGUAAUUAUAAAAAUAUCAAAUUUUAUACCACCUUCAAAAAGAAAAUUAAAAAGCACCUACUACUCAAUAAUUAAGCACUGUAAAUAUAGCCAUAAUUUCUUACUCUUUCUACUUGUCUCUUGUAUAUUUGAGCAUCUAUAGUUAUUCUACUUGUAAGUAUAGCACUAUAGGUAUCCGUUCUGUCCUUUAUUUAAAGUCUUAAGACUUGACAGUACUUUUGACAAUAUACUGGUUUUAUGAAUUUUUAGUGACUUAAUUUUUACUCGUAUAAAACUAUAGGGGCCUUAAAUAAAAGCCUAUACAUGUUUCCAAAGGUCUCUGGCUCUCUAAAAGUAUCUCAAAAGGAAAUAAAUGUAAAUAACUAUGUAAUUUGGGCAAAUUAAUAAAAAAAAAAAUAAAAUAUUGUAAACAUACUGUUUCCAACCAUUGAUAUUUCAUCAAGUAAUAUCAACUUUAAUGCACCCAGUUCACAUCUUAAAGUGUUCAACCUACCAGAGUCCAGUGGUUUAUAAAUUUUAAGCGAUUGGCUUGCUGGAAUUGAUAAGGCACUAUGGAUUGUGUUUCCUUUAAUUAAAUAAGCUGCUUUUCCUGUUGGAGCGAGCAACAAUACUUGAACGCGACGAAAGUCUUCGCCAGCUCGUUUGUUAUAGUGCUUUAAAGCAGCUUGAUAAAUUGACUUAAUCAAGUGAGAUUUACCAACUCCUCCACUUCCACUUAAAAAGGCAUAAAAUGGGUCAUCAGAUAUCUUCAUUAAAUGUAAAGCAUGAUAAAAAAAUUCCCUUUGUUUCUUGUUUAGCAUUUGGACCAAAUGUCGGUAUUCAUCAUCUUCCAUUUCAUUUAAAAUAAGUGGUGCAUUAUUAGCUAACCUUGAUGGGACACCCAAGUCUUCAGAGACAUCAUAUGUUUCAUUUAAAUCUGGAUGUGUAUCUGUAUUACCUUCGUGCUCAUCCCAAUGUUCAGUGUCUUGUGUUGUAACUGGUGCUAUUGUGUCAUACGCAUCAUCAUCACAUUCUUGUAAGUGAUGUUGAAUUUCAUUUAAGUCUUCACUACAAACCGCAUAUUGUUGCAUUACUUAUCUCAUCACGACGAGCUUCGUAAUGUUCUUCAAAGGAAGAGUAAUUUCCAAUUAAAUCGGCCUGUUUAUUUCGCCAUGGAGUGAAAAGCAUGAUCAACUCACGAUAAUGUUUUUCUGGUUGAGAUUUUUUGUUAAACCAAACACUACGGCUAAUUCUUGCUUGCGAUUUUUUUUGAUCGACUUUCUAGAUGAAACACAACUUUCAGUGUUUUGAACAUCUAGGUCAUCAUCAUUAUUUUCAUCUUCAUCUUCCAAAGGAAGGUUGUCAGUAUCUGAUUUUUUAGCAGAUUUCUUAUACUUGUUCAGCCCAGAUGAGUCGUACCAUGCUGCCCAGUCAGCUAAUGUCAUAUUUUUUAAACUGUCUGGUCGUUCUACAUAUCGUUUCAGAAGUCCACCAGAGCGAAUUUCUUCAGAUUCGUCUGACAUCUUCUCAAUCUCACUGAGAGGUUUCAAUAGUUCAACACGAUCACUUGGAGGAGAUGUGUUAAUGAAUACAACAUUUCGAGAAGAUUUUCUCAUGGAAAGUUGCAGAAUGAUAUACACUGCUUCUUGUGCACUUAUUUCAACCGAGUUUAAAAACUUGUUGUCAAUGUCACGGACUUGUUGUUUGAUGGUGGAAUUACCUUACUUAGCUUCAGCACAUGCGUUACGUAACAAAUCACUCAUUCCUUUUUGAGCUUUAGAAAUAUAGGAAACAAUGUACAUAGCACAAGCAUAUACAUCCAGCACAAAUUGAAUGCCCAUGUUAGCCAGUGCCUUUUUUAACUAUAUAUCUGGGGGGGGGGGCAAUUUCCCCCCAGGGAAAGAAUUCUCCCCCCCCAGUAAAGCCAUUUCUGCCCCCGAAGUGCGAAGCAGAAUUACUCGAUGAUUGCUGUCAGAAUUGCAGUUGAUUUACUUGAUAAUGAGAUUAUGCCCUUCCAUAGCCUCCUCCACAGCCAUCUUGUGUGUAAUUCAUAUUGUUCUUCACCGAGUAUUUCAUAAUAGCGAUAGAUUUCAUGCAAACAAUCCGAUAAAAUGCUAGCCUUUCCAAGCCUUGCGACUAUUUCCUAGCACUCUCCUCCGUAGAGGCGUUGUGUUUUGUUUUGGGAGGUUUUAUUGCAAAAUUGUUUUCUUAAAAAAUAUCAAGUUAUAUUAACAGCCCCCCCCCAAUCGCCCCAAAAACCCAUUCUCUCAGAAAGGCAAAAUCCGUAGAGAAUUUUUUUUUUUUUGGGGGGGGGUGUACACGUUACAUUCUCGAAGCUGAAACUGAUUAAGUACGUCUCGACUGAGGAAAAAGACGGUAUACUGGAGGAACUUAAUUUGUGAAAUCUCGUUAAAGCAGUUGUAGAUAUGGUUCCAAGAAGAGUAGAUUUAGUUUAGAUUUUUAACUGUUAAAUACAUGUAUGCAUCAUCAUAGCAUGAAUAUUUCUUCUCAGACUUAUUCUGUAUCGUAUGAAAAAGCAACGCAAUUUUGAGAAUGCGGAAAUGGUGUCUCAUAGAACCUAAAAUGAUUUAAAUGCAACAUUUCUGAUCAAAAUCACAUUGGGAUCCCCCCCCCCAGCAUCACAGAGAGGAAAUAAGGUGAUACUGACCCCUCCUCCUAUUUUUCAAGGUGACUUUUCCAAUUUAUUUAAUUCCGAGUAGAAAUGUCUGGAAAAAUUCAUGUCUUCGAUGUACUUUAUUAUCUUCGGAAUUCUGCUAGAUUUCACCCUCAAAGUGUAUGAAAUCGCAAUUCAGGGACCCUAGAUUUCAAAAUUUUCCGGACUCCGGACCCUCCUAGACGAAGGUGUGAGGUUCGCCCCCCCCCCUCGCAAAAAUUAUUUAAAAAGGCACUGAUGUUAGCUCUCCAUGCUUGGAGGCAAGCAGGAUUAUAAUUAUUAAUUCUUAUCUCAUUGGGGCUUCUUUUUAGAAAUAUUGUUGGACAAUUUAGUGAUGAUCGAAUUGCAAGAAUAUAUUGAUAUUCUGAAACAUCUAGUUCUUUCAGAAGUUGCUCAAAUGUUACAUCUUCUCCCUCUUUUAAAUCAUUUAGUUUAUUCUUAAUAUUUUUCCACAACUCUUUUCUAGCUCUUAUGACAGUUUCAGAAGCAUUGUCAUCAAGUGGAUGUAGUAUCUGUGUUGAUCUCAUGGGAGGCUGAGGGUAAUUAAAUCUACAAACUUUUUUGGAGUUUUUUCGGCAUGUGUGAGAAUGUCUAUGAGUUUGUCUGUUUGCAAGAUCAAAUAAUUCAGUGUCAUUAUCAGGCUUUCUACAAGAUAUUAUUUGGUCAAUGAAAUUCACUACAUCUUCAUCUUUAUCAACACCAAAUACAGGUGCAUUUUCAAGCCAUAUGAGCAUAUGGAUGUGAGGGGAGCCCCUCUGUUGGUAUUCAACCCUGUAAAACCAAUCUUUAAGUUUCCCUAAUGGGGCAAUUUCACUCAUUAAAAAAUCUUUUAAGAAAGUAUUAAAUUGGUAAUCAAAAUGCCUUGCACAAGUUACUGGGUCACUUUGAAUUAGUCUGCACUUUUCAUCCCAAUUUAAAUUAUCUAAUUGUUCAUCACUAUAGUCUUUGUGAUCAACAAGCUUACCAAGGAUUCUUAGUAAAUGAUUCCAUUUUGUUUCAGCAGAUGAAAAACUACAAAAUAAUGAUGCAGGUCCUAACUGCCGAAUAAUAGCAAAAAAAUCCUUUUUGGCUUUUUCAAAGUAAGGUGGGGAACCUCUCAAAGCUCUUAAAAAUUUGUAUCCUUCAUCAUGGCAAAUGAGAUUUGUUAAACCUUCCGGUGUUUUUAACUCACCAGCAGUAAGUGUUCUGUUUCCCAUUUUACACUUGCGAAUAGCAAGCUGAGAUUGUCCCAGCAAUAAUUUCAUCUGCAUUUUUUUAGUUUUAAAAAAUAUGUUCUCAAUACACAUUGCAGCUCUUCGAUCAGACCGUCUUAGUUCAGAUUUGCAUAUUUCACUGUAAUAAACACGAGUCAAUCUUUGCUUCUCAUCUGGCCGCUUUUGACCCAGAAAUAUUCCUGGAUAAGCUAGUUCCUCUGAAUACUUAUCUCUAAAUAUACUGAGUGGUCUACUACCUUCACCAGGUGCAACAUUGUACAUAUGUUGUCUUUCAGUAUCAUCUACAAAAUCAGUAGGUGUAAGCAUACUGUCUGUUACACCUGCAGGAAUUUCUGCUUCAUCUUCACUCCAUUCAUCUUUUGAAGAUGCCGAAUUAGUUUGAUCAACUGUAGUAUUUUCAUUGUCACUAUUAUUAGGUGUUGUAACAUCAAAGUAUGAUAACCAAUGCUGAUCAAAAGUUAUUCCUUGUUCUCGAUAUAAUUCACUAGUAUUUACCAACCAAGCUGCAGCUUGCAUCACUUUAUUAGGUCUCACAUUCAAAGACAAGGCAGAACUCUUAUAUUCCAGUCGACGUUUUAAUUGAACUUUAAUAGUCCCAGUAUCUUGUGGUAACCUGGGUAGCAUGUUAACGGUAUUACAUAUGUCUGCUGGUACAUUCACAACAUUACCAGCAAUUUUAAGUUGCCGACCUCUCGGAGCUUGCAUUAUUUUUUGAAAUGCCAAUCUUGGAGCUAUAAGCCUGCAUUCUAAUUCAUUUAAAUCAAAGAAGUCAGGUUUUUCUGGAAACUUCAAGCCAUUUGAAACUGCAGAUGGUGGCACUUUAUCCUUUUUAAGAUGUUUGUCACAUGUCAAACACAGCCAUUCAAUAUUAUCCACACUUUUAAUGCCUUGUAGAUGUUUAGUAGAAUUUGGAUUGCGCAAUCGAAGCCUCCCCGCCGGACAAACACUGUGCUUAUACCAUAAUUGAUCACAGCAUGAACAUAUAUACAGAGGACCUGUUGAUACAGAUUUAUGGAAUUUAUGUAUCAAUUGUGAUACACUAUUAUGUGAUAUUUAACAAAUAUAAAACAUUUUCCGUGUUGAUAUAACUAUAUAUCAACACGGAAAGAAUGUUUUAUAUUUUUUUAUAAUAUAGCAAUGUCAAAAGCCCGAAGGAUAAGAAAAAUUUCCGUGUUUACAAGCGGCGGAAAAUUUCCCGAGUUAACUGUUGGAUUAUGAUUGAACGCCUCUAAAUCAGAAUCCGUGAGGUAACUUUUCUGACACCCCUAGCUUAAAACUCGUAAAGACUAAGGGAUCGAUAGGCCAUGCUUUCACAGUUUGUAUUCAUACUGAAAAUCAAAAUCAAGUGAGCUUGUACCCUUUUGUUCUACAUGAGAUUUCCGUUCUUAUUGAGCUCACCUUAGAACACCUGCGUUAUCAUUUGACAGUUGUGCCGCCCCAGCCAAACUCCCAACCUGACAACCCGAGUUGAGUUAUAUCAACACGGCUCUUAGCCAAUCAGCGUUCAGAAUUUACAAAUGCUAUAUUAUAAACCGUUAUCAUUAUUGAGAUGACCUCGAGAACCUGAUGGAGGACAUUGUUUGUUUUUUUCCAGAACGUCCACUUUUAUUUUCCUUAUAAUUAGCUUACUUUUGCUAAUCUUUGCUCUCUUUGUUCGACAGUUUCGUUUUGCCUUUUCAACCUUCUUGCUUUUCGCUGGUUUUGAAGCCUAUUUUCCCUCUCUGAAACAGUUUCUUGUUGUUUUACCUGUUUUCUUUUCUGUCUUUGCUUUGCAAGUCUAUUCUCUCUCUCUGCUACCUGUUUCCUUUUCGCUCCUUGCUUUGCAAGUCUAUUUUCCUUCUGUGAAACAGUUUCUUGUUUUCUUUUCUCUCUUUGCUUUGCAAGUCUAUUCUCUCUCUCUGUAACAGUUUCUUGUUGUUUUGCCUGUUUUCUUUUCUCUCCUUGCUUUGCAAGUCUAUUUUCCCUCUCUGAAACAGUUUCUUGUUUUCUUUUCUCUCUUUGCUUUGCAAGUCUAUUCUCUCUAUCUGUAACAGUUUCCUGUUGUUUUGCCUGUUUUCUUUUCUCUCCUUGCUUUGCAAGUCUAUUUUCCCUCUCUGAAACAGUUUCUUGUUUUCUUUUCUCUCUUUGCAAGUCUAUUCUAUUUCUCUGUAACAGACUCUUUUUGUUUUGCUUGCUGUCUUUUCUCUCUUUGCUUCUCCCUUAGCUUUGCAAGUCUGUUUUCUCUUUCUAUAACUGACUCUUGUUGUUUUGUUAGUUGUUCAUGGUUAUUUGAUGUUGUGUCGUCAUUUGCUGUGUUAUCCAAACUGUUUGAAAAUGAAAUGUUUCUAUGACAUUUAACACCCUUCAAUUCAAAUAGACUAUUUUCGCUAUUUUGUCCAGGAUAGUUACAACUGUUAUGAAAAGAAUCAUUUAUAAGGUUUUGAAUUCCUUCAAUAGAAACUAAAACACUAUAACCCAUUGCUGCUGGCAUUCCAUGCAUAUCUCGUGAAUGAGAAUUAAAAACGUUAAAUACAUCUGGGAAAGUGUUUGCUCCAAUAGUAAGUAAACAUGCUUUAUAAUUACCAGCAUCAAAUACUUCAUGAAAGGCAUGUUCAAGUGUAACUUAAUACGGUUCAUUGUUAUAUUCCAUCCAUAAUGCUCCAGAAAAGAGUCACUGUACUCCAAAUUAAAAGUACCAUUGUUGAUAGACAAUAUUUCAGGAACAUCAGUGAGUGUAACCCGGAUAAUAAUUAGGGCACCCUGUGCCAAAUGUGGCCCAUAAGGCCAUACGAGAGAAAACUGUUAAGAGAGCAUGGUUCUUAUAUAUUUGAUGAAUAAAAGUGUUUUUGUUUGAUAAAAUCGUAAAUAGAAUCGUGUAUUUUCAUGGAAAUAAACCCAGGGUAACAUUUGGUGGCAGCGGUGGGAUAUAAUUACAAGUAAAUACGCGAUUUUUAUGGAAAAAAAUGAAGGAAAAACGAUAAGUUUUGUGUAUAUAAAUAUUCGUGAAAUUGUUCGUACUGUAUGAAUCUUGGAUAAUUUUUGUGAUUGUGCUUAAGUUUAAAUAUGGCAAUAGACUUGGAAGAACUUCAGCUACAAUUGGAAAAGGUACUGUGCGAAGUAAGCGAAGAUAUAUUGGUUAAACUAGCAGUGUUUCUCAAAUUGGACGAGGUGAAAUAUCAAGGAAAAUAAAAACUUAGUAUUACUCGAGUACUUCGAAGAGAAAUUGAGGAGCAAGUAGCCCAGAUUGAAGAUGAGAAUCAAUGCCGUGUAUUUCUCGAGGAAAUCCGAGGACAGUUGAUUGAGAUUACAGAUAAAGAAGCCCCUCCAAAGGAGACUGGAAACAAGGAACUUGAAGUUUUAAAACAGCAACUAGACAACUUGGAAAAAGAUCAUCAAAAACAAGUCGAAGCCCUCCAAAGUAAGAUGGAAGAAAGUGAACUGAAGGCGACAGUGACAAGUGUAAGUAAACCAACCACAAAUGAUCUUAAAAGUGUAUUACGUAGGGAAUUCAAGAUUAAUGGUCAAAUAGGGGAACCGGGUCAAAAGGAUAAACUCACAUUUGUAAGCUUGGUCAGACAGAUCGAAAGUGCAUCGUCUAAGGGUUACUCAGAAACAGAAGUGAUUGAUGGUGUAAUAAGAGCAAUUAUUCCUAACAUGCAGCUGCGAAGUUAUCUCGAGACAGUUAGUGACCUGACAUUGCCAAAAUUACGUGCUAUUUUAAGAUCACACUUUCAGGAGAAAAGUGCAACUGAACUUUACCAGCAAUUAACAACAAUUGUACAAUCACCUGAAGAGAGUCCACAGAGUUUCCUGAUAAGAGCUCUAGACCUACGUCAAAAGGUUUUAUUUGCCUCUAAAGAAGCAGGGGUAAAGAUCAAAUAUGAUGAAAGUCUUGUUCAAGGACUGUUUUUACACUCGCUCGAGACUGGACUUCAUCAUGAAGCUGUAAGAACAAAGUUACGACCAUUCUUACAACAACCAGAUAUAACGGAUGAAUUACUAAUUGAACAAAUGAACAUAAUUGUAUCAACUGAAACAGAGAGACAAAAGAAAUUCGGUAAAGCAAGUCAGGCACGACAACGAAAAAUCAACAAUGUUCAAGCAGUUAAGUCCAGUUCAGCCGAUGUUGAAGAACCCAUUGAACAAGAUCUAAACCAAGUAGUAAAAGAAAAGAAAGGACCCAAGCAAGGUGAGCUAAUUUCUGCUCCAAAGACAGUAAAACCAGAACUUGCUGAGCUUAGGGAAACUCUGACAAACCAACAAGCCAAAGACAAGGAGCAAGAAACUGGGUAUAAGGAAAUCCAAGCAGGACGUAGGGGAAGAUUAUGUACAAAGUGUCAGGAAGCCAAAGAACUAAACUGUGACCACUGUUUUCGAUGUGGUAGUUCAGACCACUUUGCCAGAGGAUGCAAGAAGAGACCGAAUUCGGGAAACGGAAGAUGGCUGCAGCCGAGGGACAGGAAGUAGCCAGAAAAUCAAGUAAGUCCCAUUUUUGUGCUAAAUGUUUAAAAACUGAACAGUGUGGAUACCCCUUUUCAAGAUGUUCUGGUUGUCAAUUAGUACGAUAUUGUUCAAAAGAGUGCCAGAAACAGCACUGGAAAGAACAUAAAGUACUGUGCAUGUCAGUUAGAGAACUGACAGUUGAUAAUAAUUCAAAUGAUAAGGGAAAUCAGGAUAUUGGUAAAUAUGUCAGCCAUUUAACUCCAGGAGACUAUUCAAAAGUUGUGGGUUUAGUGGGUAGAAGAUGUAUGGUACAUUGUCAGUUAAAUGGACAAAAAGUACAUUCUUUAUGGGACACUGGUGCACAAGUGUCACUGAUCUAAAAAAAUGGCUGGAUGAACAAUUGCCUGAUUUACCUAUAAGGAACACUGAAUCCUUAUUUAACGAUGGGACAGAACUUGACUUAAAAACUGCUAAUGGGACACCCAUGCCAUAUGAAGGGUUUGUUGUAGUUGAGUUCAAAUUAGAAACAUCAAGCACGGAUCGGACAAUUAUGGUACCAAUGUUAGUGACUCAUGAAACGCUUGAUUAUCCAAUCAUUGGGUAUAAUGUAAUAGAAGAAUUAGUUAAGAAAGACAAGGUACCAGAUCAAAUUGUGAUGGAAUGGGCAGCUUCAUUUCCUGAUGUUAAUUGUGCAAAGAUACAAUCCCUUGUAAGUUUGAUUCAAGCCCCAUCACCUGAACACCUGUGUUUCGUGAAGACCAUUAAACAGGACGUAGUUGUUCCUCGCAAAACAACUGUUAGUAUUAAGUGCCGUGCAAAUACAGGACCUGUCGAAAAGCGGAUACCAGUACUUUUUGAACCUAGUAGUGAACAGUCAUGGCCAAGUGGUUUGCAAAUAACUGAAGAACUGCUAACCAUUCCCCACGGGUCAUCCUGUCGAGUCCAAAUUAAUGUCUCUAACACCAGCAAUCAUGACAUUACACUUAACAAACGAACAGUUUUGGAACAUUACAGUUAGUAAAAUCAGUAACACCACAGGAAGUUCGUCUAAAGGAUGUAGACUUGGGUAAGACUCAAGCUGUUAACUCUGUUUAUUCUGAACCUGGAAAGAACUGCCCAAUGCCUACAAUGGAAGAUGGAGUGCAAACGUCACAAACUACAGAAAACAUAGAUAAUGACUAUAACCCCAUCAACGAUUUAGACCUCAGUGGUCUUACAACACAACAACGGGUUAUGGUGAAACAAAUGCUCGAAGAAGAAAAAGAAUCCUUCUCAACAUCCGAUGAUGAUAUAGGCUGCAUAGAGGAACUUGAAUUGAAACUGAAUAUGAAGGACCAAACACCAGUCCAGAAAACCUACAAUUCUAUUCCACGACCUUUGUACCCCGAAGUCAAACAAUAUAUCGAAGAUCUGCUAAACCGCGGGUGGAUAACGAAGUCAAAGUCCCCAUAUUCAUCCCCUGUCGUAUGUGUUCGUAAAAAGAAUGGUGAAUUACGUUUAUGUGUCGAUUAUCGCGAAUUGAACAAACGUACUACUCCAGAUAGACACCCAUUACCGAGAGUACAGGACACACUAGAUGGGUUGGGUGGAAACAAGUGGUUUUCUUUAGUGGACCAGGGCAAAGCGUACCACCAAGGGUUUAUGCAUGUAGAAAGUAGACCUAUGACUGCUUUUGUAACCCCUUGGGGGUUAUACGAGUGGGUGCGUAUACCUUUCGGCUUGACCAAUGCCCCAGCGUCAUUUCAGCGCUUCAUGGAAGGGUGUUUGGAAGGACUGCGAGAUGACAUCUGCCUACCCUAUUUGGACGAUAUAAUAGUGUUCAGUAAGACAUUCGAGGAACACAUAGACCAUCUCAGAACUGUACUACAACGGUUGCGUGCCCAUGGUGUUAAAUUAAAGGCAAAGAAAU